AUGGAUCUGUUACGCUCUCACGAGGCUCCAGGCCAAAGGUCUUCGGAUGCCCAGUCCCAACCGCCGACCUAUCACGAGCAUGCACCUCUGGUCUCUUCGGAAAUGGCCUCUGAUGCCCACACGGCUCUCAAUACUGACGGCCAGCAGCCUGGAGAAGGCUAUCCUUAUGCCAAUGAACAAGAGCAGUCUAUUCAUCCUUAUGGCGAACACGAACCAGCCACGACAAAACCCGAGAGGACGUGGCCAAGGAAUGGGGUGCGGUCGUCGCGCCUGGCGCUCUGGGAAUGGAAAUGGGAGUUUCUCUCCAUGGUGCUGAGCAUGGCCUGCUUCGCCGCCAUCAUCAUCGUCCUUCUCUACGAGAGAGACAGGGCCCUGUCCGACUGGCACUUCACCAUCGCCCCAAACACCCUCGUUUCUGUAUUCUCAACCCUUACCGAGGCGGGCUUCAUGUUGACCACUGUCGCCUGCGUCGGCCAGCUCAAAUGGAUCUACUUCAGUAGGUCUAGCCGCCGUCUUCGAGACUACGACUAUUUCCAGGAAGCAACCGAGCCGAUCGGGGCCCUGCGGUUCAUCUGGACCAUCAACAUACGUGCCAAGCUGGCUGUGGUCGGGUCUGUGAUCGCCUUGCUCUCGCUGGCCGUGGGUGCUUUUACACAGCAAAUCAUCUCUUACUCCCUGCGGUGGGUCCCGGCCUCCGAGUAUGCCGACAGGGUGACCUUUGGGUCAUCGAAUGCGUAUGACAGCGGCAUUGGGCUCUACCGCCAGACAGCGGUUGAUGGGGAUGGCAAUCUCAACAGCGUUAAUACGGUCAUGGCUGAGCAAGUUCAAUCCUCGAUGACGGGCGCCAUCAUGAGUGGUUUAUACGACCUCGACACAUCCAUCAAUGUGGCUUGUCCUACUGGUAAUUGUACCUGGGCGCCUUUCACCACCCUGGGUAUCUCGGCCCAGUGUUUGAACGUCACCACCAACAUGACGGCGACGAAGCCUUCUUACAAUGGGCUAGUGGGCUAUACAUACACCCUUCCUGGCAACGUCUCCUUUGACAUGACUGUCGGCGUCACCUCCAGCGAGGGUGCCAUCGCCACGAGCUUCCGGUCCGUGACGCACACCGGGUGGAAUUACAGUGCUAAUUGGGUAGAGCCGACGCUGGUCAAGCUGUAUGCGGUCAACGUACCCGUCAGCGGAGCGGGAGACUCGGAUGACCCCAUACCGCUCGAGUGGGCCGAGACUGAGGGCAUCGAGUGCACUAUCGGCUGGACUGCGCUCCACUACCAGAACCUCUCCGUGGUCAACGGUGUCUUCGAGCCUGGGUUGACAACGGAGUAUGCUCUCGUCGCCGUACCCAUCCCUGGCGAGACCAAAUAUGACAAUGAUGACAUUGACGAUGAAUACUACGUCAACUCCAAGUUCGCCAUCGCCGCUCCCGACAACUCGUCGGGUAAUGCCAGCUUCUACAUCAACCCCAACGACCACGCCUUCAUCAUCCAGCAACUGAACGGCAGCUUGGCCACCACCUCCGAUGCGGAUGCUGGCAAGGCGUUGCUGUCUUCAUCCAACCUGACUGAGCGCAUCCAAAACAUCACCACGGCCAUGUCCUACAUCGUCGCCCAGAACCCCAAUGCCACCUCUGUAUAUGGUACAGCCCUUGCACAAGAGUCUCGUUUCUGGGUAGCCAGGCCGGAAUGA